UUUGAUGAGGAGACGUCUCCUGCUGCGCUGCGUCUGGAUGGAGCCGCGGCGCGUAAACGAGGCGUCUCCAGGAGCAGUUUUUGUUUCCUCCUCCUCCUCCUCCUGGACACAAACCUGCAGAAGAGAGAUUAUGAAAGCAUGAAUGGAUAAAACAUAAAGAUGAACCUGUCUUCCCUCAACUCCUCCUCUUCUUCUUCUUGGAAAGCGGAGUCGGUGGUCGUCUCUUUGGUUUUUUUGCUCAUUUUCCUCCUCGGUACCGUGGGGAACUCCCUGGUGCUCGCGGUUCUGUGCCGUGGACCAGGGCCACCGGGGCAGAUGGGCACCAAGACCACCAACAUGUUCAUCCUGAACCUGGGGCUGGCGGACCUGAGCUUCAUCGUGUUCUGCGUCCCCUUCCAGGCCACCAUCUACACCCUGGACCAGUGGGUGUUCGGCCCGCUGCUCUGCAAACUGGUCCACUUCAUCAUCUUCCUCACCAUGUACGCGAGCAUCUUCACCCUGAUGGCCGUCUCCCUGGACAGGUAUUUUGCCAUCUGCUACCCGCUCCGCUCCAGAGAGGUGAGGACCCCGCAGAACGCCCUGACCUCCAUCUGCCUGGUCUGGGUCCUGGCCCUGGUCUUCUCCGCCCCGUACCUCAGCUACUUCAGCCAGGUGGAGCUGGCCGGCAGCGUCCUGUGCGUCCCCUCCUGGGAGUCCAGGCCUCGCAUCGCCAUGGACGCGUGCACCUUCGUCUUCGGGUACCUGGUCCCCGUCCUGGUGCUCGGCCUCACCUACGCCCGCACCGUCCGCUACCUGUGGACCAGCGUGGACCCGGUGAAGGACGCGUCCGAGUCCAGGCGCGCCAAGCGCAGGGUGACCAAGAUGAUCAUCGUGGUGGCCGCUCUCUUCUGCCUCUGCUGGCUGCCCCACCACCUGGUCGUCCUCUGCAUGUGGUUCGGGUGCUUCCCCCUCAACCACGCCACCUACGUCCUGCGCAUCCUGUCCCACCUGGUGUCCUACGCCAACUCCUGCCUCAACCCCAUCGUCUACGCGCUCGUCUCCAAGCAUUUCCGCAAAGGCUUCGGGAAAGUGUUCGGCUGCCGGGGGAAGAGGGCGGAGGUCAACAGGGUCCACGUGGUCCAGGCGGUGAACACGGUCUGCAGCGAGGACGCGUCCCACUAGAGACGAGGACGCGUCUCUUUUCAUUUGUAUGAUGAAUGAAUUUACCAUAUUUGUUUCCUUGUCCUUGUAGACAUUUAUUGUUAUUCAUUAUUAUUAUUAUUAUUAUUAUUAUUAUUAUUAUUAUUAUUAUUAUUAUUAUUAUUAUAAAAGGCUGCACCAAACAGCAACAAAAACCAGUGAACGUUUAAAAGAAGAGUCAAAACUCAUAAAAUUCAAAGAUAUUGUGGAGUUUCAAAAAGCACAAAUCCUCCACAAAGCGAAAAAACAAACAAACAAACAAAAAACUACCAUAAAACAUUUAAGAAUGUAUUUAGUCCGUGGGAAGAGGAAAGUUAAACUUCAGAACACAUUUAUAUUUAUAAACCAGUUUAACAAUAUAUUUAUAUAAAGAGAAGAUGCAGAAAUGAAGAGUGUGUUUGAUCAUCAGUGUGUUUACUGUUAAUUAUUUAUUGUUACUUUUAUAUUUUUGUGUGUUAUUUAUAUAUAAUAUAAAGAUUAUUGUUGUUGUUGUACUGACAGGAAGAGGAGAAUAUAUAUAUUAUUAUAUUAUUAUUAUAUACGUCGUCUUUGCUCCUGGACGUGUAGACGAUGGAAUAUUGAGAUUAUUUUUAUUUUGUGUUAUUUAUGUUCAUUGUGAUUAUUCCUGUAUGAUUAUUUUGUUGUUAUUGGUAUUAUUUUGUUU